AACUGGCUUGUAACCGACGGGCUUGAAAUGGAACAAGUGAUGCAGAUCCAGACUUUGGAAAAAAACUCACUCCAUGUAAGGAAGCUUUGGUUGAAUUGUUCGGGAGGGAGAGUUGGGACUGUGGAGAUUGCAGGGGAGCGCAGGACUGCUGCGCUGCAAGGAUAAGGUGAAUUCGCUGGCAAUCUCAGUCAUGAACCAGUGGCCAGGGGUGAAGUUGCGCGUGACAGAGGGCUGGGACGAGGACGGACACCAUUCCAAGGAAUCCUUGCAUUACGAGGGCCGAGCGGUCGACAUCACCACCUCCGACAGGGACCGCACAAAGUAUGGCAUGCUGGCUCGCUUAGCGGUGGAGGCAGGAUUUGACUGGGUGUAUUACGAGUCAAAAGCUCACAUUCACUGUUCAGUGAAAUCAGACAAUUCAAUGGCCACCAAAACAGGCGGCUGCUUCCCUUCGGAAGCCACGGUAACCCUGGAAGAUGGGCGGAGCCGAGCCAUGUCCGAGCUGAGUCCCGGUGACCGAGUCCUGACAGCGGACGCGGCCGGCAGAGUGGUCCCCAGCCAGGUGUUGCUUCUGCUGGACAAGGAAGGGGAGAUGAGAGUCUCCUUCACCGUGCUGGAGACCGAGGACCCGCGGCGGCGCCUGGAGCUGACGGCGGCGCAUCUCAUCUUCGUUUCCGACAACCACACCGACAGAGUGGAGGACUUCCAGCCCAUGUUCGCCAGCACGGUGCACAUAGGCCACUUUGUCCUCGUGAAGGAGGUCGGCUCCAGCCGCUUGCGUUCGUCCCGGAUUAAAGCGGUCUACGUGAAGGAGGCGGUCGGUGCGUAUGCGCCGCUGACCUCCCACGGCACGUUGUUGGUGAAUAACGUCCUCGCGUCUUGUUACGCCGUGAUACAGAAGCACCACUGGGCGCACCUGGCCUUCACGCCUCUCCGAUUCGUCCACUCAUUGACUAAUGUGCUACCGUCCUACCCCAUUCGGCAUGGCAACACCACACUAGAGAAUGGCAUCCACUGGUACUGCAGGUUCCUCUACAGCUUGGGCGAGAGAUUGCUGGACCGGGGAAAGUUUCACUCUUUAUGAAGAGUUGUGGCAGCAGGGCUGACUUAGCCAGAGGGAGGUUCUGGAUCGCAAGACAACCUUUGCGUAUCUGUGAUACGCCAGGUUCAUCCACAUAAGUACCCACAUAUUUUUUCAGCUUGAAGUGGUCUUGUACUGUACAAGGGAAUUUCAGAUACACAAAAAAGCUGGAGAAACUCAGCGGGUGCAGCAGCAUCUAUGGAGCGAAGGAAAUAGGCAACGUUUCGGGCCGAAACCCUGAAGGAAAUAUGCAAAGUUUCGGGCCGAA